AUGGUCGACGCCACAGCAGGACAUGAGAUGCUGAGCUUCAUGGAUGCUUAUUCCGGAUACAACCAGAUCCCCAUGUAUCCAGCCGACGAUGAGCACACAUCCUUCAUAACCGAUAGGGGUCUCUACUGCUACAAGGUGAUGCCUUUCGGCCUAAAAAAUGCAGGGGCUACCUACCAAAGGCUUGUGAAUAAGAUGUUCGCUCAACAGCUCGGAAAAACGAUGGAGGUCUACGUCGAUGACAUGCUCGUAAAAAGUACCAGGACCAGCCAUCAUGUCGAUCAUCUGGGAGAAAUGUUUAGUAUAUUAAGAAAAUAUCACAUGAAACUUAAUCCCCAGAAAUGUGCCUUCGGAGUUGGGUCGGGGAAGUUCCUCAGUUUUAUGGUUAGUAACCGUGGGAUUGAGGCCAACCCCGAGAAAAUCAAAGCCCUACAAGACAUGCGGUCACCAACAAAGCCGAAAGAGGUGCAAAGGUUGACGGGUUGUGUCGCCGCCCUAAAUAGGUUCAUAUCAAAAGCCACUGACAAAUGCAUCCCUUUCUUCGACGCUUUGAAAGGAAGCAAGCACUUUGAGUGGACACCACAAUGUGAGGAGGCCUUCCAAAAAUUGAAAGAGCAUUUGGGCAAACCCCCAAUUUUAUCAAAGCCAAACGUCGGCGAGGAGCUUAGCCUAUACCUCUCCAUGUCCCAACACGCUGUGAGCUCCGUAUUGUUAAGAGAAGAAGAAAAUGUGCAAUUGCCGAUCUAUUAUGUGAGCAAAAGGCUCCUCGACGCCGAGUCAAGAUACAGCGAAAUGGAGCGUCUAGCCCUCACCCUGAUGGUAGCUUCAAGGAAGCUUCGGCACUACUUCCAAUCCCACACAAUACGAGUUCUCACAAACCACCCGCUGAGACAUGCACUACAAAGGCCCGAAACAUCCAGCCGACUCCUCAAAUGGUCAGUAGAACUCAGCCAGUUUGACAUAAAGUACGUGCCAAGAACCGCGAUUAAGGGCCAAGCGCUCGUCGACUUUCUGGCUGAAUUCUCUCAUAGGCUGACACCCACCCCAUCUGAAGAAACCGAGAUUACGAAAUGGAAGCUUUACGUAGAUGGGGCGUCGAGCGAAAACGGAUCAGGAGCCGGCGUUUUGUUAAUGAGCCCCGAAGGCCACAAGAUUACCUCGGCGGUACGAUUUAAAUUUAAGGCGUCGAACAAUGAGGCGGAAUAUGAAGCCCUAAUUGCCGGACUACAACUCAGCCAGUUCGACAUAAAGGACGUGCUAAGAACCGCGAUUAAGGGCCAAGCGCUCGCCGACUUUCUGGCUGAAUUCUCUCAUAGGCCGACUCCCACCCCAUCUGAAGAAACUGAGAUUACAAAAUGGAAGCUUUACGUAGAUGGGGCGUCGAGCGAAAACGGAUCAAGAGCCGGCGUUUUGUUAAUCAGCCCCAAAGGCCACAAGAUUACCUCGGCGGUACGAUUUAAAUUUAAGGCGUCAAACAAUGAGGCAGAAUAUGAAGCCCUAAUUGCCGGACUACGUUUAGCUAACCACCUGAAGGUCGAGAGGAUAAGCGUCUACAGCGACUCCCAGUUAGUCGUCGCGCAAGUAAAGGAAGAAUACCAAGCACGCGGCGAGAAGAUGGGGGCAUAUCUGAGAAAAGUAAAGGAGGAACUCGUUAAGUACAAGAACUACGAAAUACUCCAGAUUCCACGAGCCGAAAAUGCAAACGCGGACGCCCUGGCAAAGCUGGCCUCAUCAAGGGAUUCUGACACAUUAGGCGUCGUUCCCAUUGAAGAAUUGGAGCGGCCGACCAUCGAGGAGCAAGCAAAGGCAUUAAGUGUCCAAGAAGGUGAAAAUUGGAUGACGCCACUCACACAAUACCUAAUGGACGCGCAGCUGCCGAAUAAUAAAGACGAAGCCCGGCGAGUCAGGUAUAGAGCUGCUAGGUACUUAUUAUACGAUGGCCUGCUCUAUCGACGAGGCUACUCAACACCUCUACAGCGGUGCCUAGAUGAUGCCGAAGCCCAGAAGGUCCUCCAAGAAAUCCAUGAAGGGAUCUGUGGCAAUCAUACCGGGGGGCAAUCUUUAGCUCUAAAGGUUUUGAGGCAAGGAUACUACUGGCCUACGCUAAAAAAGGACACUUUUCAAUACGCCCGACGAUGCGAUAAAUGCCAAAGAUAUGCCACGAUUCCUAGAGCACCCCCAAAAAAGCUAACUUCCAUUCUCAGCCCAUGGCCCUUUGUCAAAUGGGGGGUUGACCUGAUCGGGCCAUUGCAUCCUGCGCCUGGGGGGUUUAAAUUUGCGAUCGUUGCGGUAUACUAUUACACAAAGUGGGCUGAGGCCAAGGCCCUAGCUAUAACCACGGAAGCAGCCUGCACCGAAUUCAUGUGGGAUCACAUCGUGUGCAGGUUUGGGGUUCCCCACUCAAUAGUGUCCAACAACGGGAAACAGUUCGACAACGCCUCAACACGCAGGUUCUGUGACAGUUUGGGCAUCCGAAAAGACUUCUCGGCGCCAAUCCAUCCACAAUCAAAUGGGCAAGUCGAGGCAGUCAAUAAAAUAUUGAAAUACACCCUUAAAAGAAGACUCGACGACCUAAAAGGGAGAUGGGCCGAGGAGCUUCCCAAAGUCUUAUGGGCAUACAGAACAACCAGCCGAACUACAACGGGUGAGACACCUUUCUCCAUGGCAUAUGGCGUCGAGGCAGUGUUUCCCAUAGAAAUCGAAACGCCUACUCUAAGAACAGUUGUCCACAAUGAUGCUGACAACGCAGAGGGCAUGAAUGGAGAACUCGAUUUGUUGGAAGAAAAAUGA